AUGGGUGCGCUGGCCGUGGUGUGCGGCGUGGUCUUUCGGGACGAGCAUCUGGCAUUGUCCUACAAGCUAGCGAAGUGGGCGUACUGCCUGCUGUUCACAAUCGUCAGCAUCAUCACCUGGGUGCUGAGGGAUCGCUCGGAGCAGAUUCUCCUGAAAGACACCGUCGUGUCCCGCUACUGCCAGCUCACGGACUUCGAGUCCCUCUGCAGCGGGCAGCAGGUGGCGCUGCGCUUCAGCUUCGCCAACUUCAGCUUCUUCACCGCACACGCCAUCGUACUGUUCUGGUGCACCAAGGAGGGCGAUUUCAGGGCGGGAAUGCACACCGGGCUGUUGUUCUGGAAGCUCCUCGCGUUGACCGGCGCGAUCGUCGGGUUCUUCUUGGUGCCGGUGAAGGCAGUGGUGAUUUACGCGCAGCCCUUAUAA